GUUAUCAUCGAAUGUUUACGCUUUUCCUUUUUCUUUAAUAUCAACACGGGAAGGCGUCUAGGAGGGGACUGGAGUCAGUCAUGAUAUUGAACGGAGCUCUCCAGCAACACCCUUCCUCACAGCAAGGGAUCGUAUUUCCCCUCCCCUUCCGAUUCGAUCCGCGGCCUUCUCCGAUCCCGUUUGAUCAUUCUUCCUCUUUGACCUUGAAGUUUAGCAUUGGAUCUUUUCUGGAAUUUCGUUUUAUAUCGUCUCUUACUUUAGGGGAAAGGACUCGGCGCGAAAAGAAGGAGAAUCUCGAACUCGACUGGGGAGAAAAUGUUUGGGCCGUCAUCAUCGUCAACAUCGUCACCUUAUCAUCAUCUUUACUGGUUCUAUUCCUAGGCUUUAUUUUCAUCCUUGGGAGGCAUCAUCACCACCACCACCACCACCAUCUUCUCUCUUUCCCCCUCCUCCCCCCCACCACACUCACCACAACACUAAUAUCCACGAGGAGGAAAAUAGGGAAACUGACACAUUCUGCGACAUUCUUGGGCCACUUUGGAGAAAUGACAAGGGAAACCUUUUUUCGGGAGUAAAAAGCGAGCGAAUAUCUGUUCUUAUAUCUAUACCUGCCUUGUUCACUUUUUUUCUAUUUCGUUUUUUUCGGUCGUCGUCUUUGUUUUAAAAAGAUUAAUAUACCCCCUUAUUUAGCACCUACCCGCCUAUCUAUAUGCCUC